AUGAAAAAAAUCUUUCUUCUUGUUGUCGUAUAUCUUCUUAUCUUAGCUACUGUAUCUGCUAGUCGCCGCCGUCGACAAUAUACUGGACCUAGUUAUGCUCAACAAUAUGGUUCACAAUAUGGAGUUCAUAGUCCAGGUAAUCAAGAAUGGAUGAAUAAUCGUUAUUCAAAUCAACAAGGUCCUAAUUGGAAUAAUAAUCAUUUUAAUUCGAACCAAGGUAAUCAACGUCCUGAAUGGUACUAUAAUACAGCCAAUACUAUGCAAUGUUCAAUUUUAUGUUUUGUACUUGGUAUAUUAUAUAUUCUUAUUGUUUGA